AAACCCUUCCCUUAAACCCUGGCGACUGAUUCUACCCUCCUUUUCUGACAUCGUUUAUGGAGACGAGAACUCGAGGGGAUUGUUGCUGCUGAAGCGAAGCUUUAGCACAUGCUGGAUCCAUUCCCGGCAGAACCUGGAUCGAUGUUUUCUCUGCACUCUUGGAUGGGUAUAUUUUGAAGAUGUUGAAAUUUGUGGCUGAUCGCGCUUUGGCUGCUGCUCGGUUUCAUCUCCUGCACUCAUCACCCGCGAAAUUGUCAAUCGGCCCACUUGGGGAGGCUGCCCGGCAAUCUGGUGGAGUGCUAUCGUUUUCGACGCGCUCUAGACACCGAAGACAGCCGGAUUCGGAUGAGGACCUUGACUGGGAUGAGGAUGUUGAUCGAGAGCUUCCCUGGCCUGAGAGAAAAUCUCGACAAGAAGCAGCAGCAGCGAAGAAAAAGAAGCAUAGAAGGUCAUUCAAAUUACGAUGUGAGAAGUUUUUGAAACCUUUCACCCUCGACAUAUUCAUCUCGAAUCGAUUCAUUCACGCCACAAUUAUGCAUAGAGCACUGCACAAGGUAGUUGCUGUUGCGAAUUCCAAUGCCAAAGAGUUUAGGGGGUCGUUGCCUUCCUAUGGAGACAUGCGAGCAGCCUGGGUCAUUGGAAAAGUCCUGUCGGACCGAGCAAAAGAAGCUGAUGUUUAUACUGUGAUCUAUGAGCCAAGAAGGGGCGAGAAGAUGGACAAUAGAAUGCAAACGAUCAUUGACACAUUGGUGGAAAAUGGAAUCGCACUAGAGCUCGACAAAACUGGAUAAAGAAACUAUUCCCCGGUCUGAAGCCCAUAUGCAGUUGGCUGGCUCAGGAGAGGAUUACUGUACUGAAGUGAACGAAGGACGGUAUCAAAGUUUCGCCUUCUUUCCUCUACCUACGCAUUGUAGUUCAGAGGACUUUAUGUGCACGAACAGUCACCUUUCUCAGUUUGUUGAGAUUGUCAAUUACGGAGGUCGAUAUCUAGGAAUCAAGUUAUCCUUUUAGUUUCAUCUCAUCACGAUAUCCGAAUCUAUGGAUCUUCACUGCAUUCUUAGUUUCUUCAUUUCGGCUUACUAUCCACCUGGAUCCCUGUGCUUUUCAAUGAAUUCAGCUGAUUUAUACAUGGGACUAGAGUGGUCAUCAUAACCUACAACUUAUUGUUGAACGCCGGUUGUGGGUAGGGUGCUUGAUGAUCAAGUUACGGCUUCUCAGAGGUCUAUUCAAUCCUCUUUUGUGGUGCCGAUUAGAAGAUACUGUGGCAUAGAAGUUUUUCUAGCACUUAAGGAGGUACUUCUGGUCAGUUGAGCUAUAUCAUCUCCCCUUACAAUGGUCCAGCUUUAAGCUUUCUCGUACAUAUAGUUAUGACGUAAUACGGUCAAAACCGAUUGUUCUGAUCGUUUGACGAGUCCGGUCUCGAGGAUCUUGUACUUACUAACGUCAGAAUGAAGCUGGACAAACUAGAAAUAUAUGCAUCCAAGCCAUUUCCUGCCCACAUCAGUUGUAUUCACACUUGAGUUUCUUCCUUCUGCAAUGUGGCCCAAGAAAGGAGUAUCUCCUCAUAACAAGCAGUCUCCUUGUUGUGAAAAUCUAUAUCCUGGACAUUAAAGUCUCCAACUCUACUGCACGAUGCUGCGGAAUAUAAUUGAUCAAAUUACAAAUGAUGAGAUGUUUGUCAUCAGACUCAUAUUCGGCUCCUAUCUAGUCCAGUUGAAGGCUUAAAUUCUGUCGUAUCAAUCACGAGCUUUCGACAACUUAUCUAGCGGUUUUUGCUGCAAGUCACAUAUUUUGAGCAUUUGGGCUGGAUG